UCGAGUAAAACGCUUUUGAGGACAAUGACAUGAUUUGAAAACCGAGUUCCAUUCAAUGAAUCCAAACAACAAAUAUUAUACUCGUUUUGGGUAAACAAUAACCACGUUACUUGUUUACCCCCAUGCACGCUCCAUGUUCAGACCAAGGAGAUAUCACUGAUAUCUCCAUGUUCAGACCUAUACGUCAUACAUCAGCUCAUAUACAGUCUUCCAGUCAUUUCGAUGCCAGAGGCAUUAGCUGAUCAUCCGACUGGCAUAUAACCCCCAGGAAUUAGUACUGGUCAUUGGAUGUUACCAAAUAAUAUACCGCAUAUAGCAAUCGGAUAUUUCCGCAUUUUUUUUUAAUUAUACCUGGAUGAUACUGUGAUAUCUUGAAUUUAAACAAUGGUGCUGAGGAAUUUAUAUCUCAAUGGAGGAUCAUCGUUCGACACUCAUUACCAUGGGCAAUGGCUUCGACAGCAUUGGUGGGUUUCAAUCUUCAUCUCCUUGACGUACAUAUUCAUCAUUUUCGGAGGAAAGCGGUUGAUGUCCGACCGGAAACCUUUCGAUCUCCGCCGCCCCCUCGUUGCUUGGUCGGGCAGCUUUGCACUCUUCAGUUUCGCUGGUGCGGUGGUGCUAGUCAGAGACUUUGCGCGCUGCGUCGUCGAAGACGGAUGGCGCGCAACCAUGUGCGACGCCAAUUUCUUCAACGGGAACGUGGGCCUGUGGUUUUGGCUGUUCACUCUCAGUAAGGUUCUCGAACUCGGUGACACGAUCUUUAUCGUCCUUCGCAAGCAGAAACUCAUAUUCAUCCAUUGGUAUCACCACGUUACAACUCUCGUCUACACGUGUUAUUUACACGCCGACUUUAUGUCUGUUGGACGCUAUUUUGCCACUUUGAACUUCGUUGUCCAUUUUGUGAUGUACUCCUACUACGCCCUGAGCGCUGCCAAAAUCAUCAACAAGCCUCGUCAAAUCAAAAUCUCAAUUACAGUCAUCCAGCUCGUCCAAUUUGUCAUCUCAAUCGGCGUGUCUCUUUACGCGGCACUUGAACUUUCGGCGGGAAGGCACUGUGACAUAAACUGGCUAAAUAUUUUCUGGACUAUGGUCCUGUAUGUAAGCUUUUUGUAUUACUUCCUUAAAUUCUUUUACGAUGCAUACGUCAAACGGCCUGAGAAGCAAAAGAUAUAGCGAAAAUAUAUGCCACUAUUGUAUCAGUAAAGUGCUUUCUUUGUGAUGUAAAUAAGCACUGAAAUCAUUUGAAAUAUAUUGUUUUCUACCGCUUUGACAUGCAUCAACCAAACAAAAUCUAAGUUUAUAUUAACGAAAGCCAUGAUGAUUUUCAUUUUAAUAUAAGCUAUUAUCUCUUCAUUCUAACCGAUACAUUUUUGAAGCCCAAUAGAAGCGACGGGCAUUUCCUCGCCAUUCUUAAUAAGCAUUUUACCAAAGGUAGCUGUUUUUUUAUGAGUAGCAUCUCACCAAAGAACAUAAUCUAGGAUGACCUGUCGUAGUCACUUAUCAGUCACACAUUGAAACUGCCAUUACUAAGAAUGCACCCGACCUAGC